CGCCGUGACCGCCGGGGGCGGCGCCCUCCGCAGCCGCAGUGGCCCGCGCCCCCGCCAGGAGCCAUGGGCAACAUCUCCUCCAACAUCUCGGCCUUCCAGUCCCUGCACAUCGUCAUGCUGGGCUUGGACUCGGCCGGCAAGACCACCGUGCUCUACCGGCUCAAGUUCAACGAGUUCGUGAACACGGUGCCCACCAUCGGCUUCAACACGGAGAAGAUCAAGCUGAGCAACGGCACGGCCAAGGGCAUCAGCUGCCACUUCUGGGACGUGGGCGGCCAGGAGAAGCUGCGGCCCCUGUGGAAGUCCUACAGCCGCUGCACGGACGGCAUCAUCUACGUGGUGGACUCGGUGGACGUGGACCGGCUGGAGGAGGCCAAGACCGAGCUGCACAAGGUGACCAAGUUCGCCGAGAACCAGGGCACGCCGCUGCUGGUCAUCGCCAACAAGCAGGACCUGCCCAAGUCGCUGCCGGUGGCGGAGAUCGAGAAGCAGCUGGCGCUGCACGAGCUCAUCCCGGCCACCACCUACCACGUCCAGCCGGCCUGCGCCAUCAUCGGCGAGGGCCUCACCGAGGGCAUGGACAAGCUCUAUGAGAUGAUCCUCAAACGCAGGAAGUCCCUCAAGCAGAAGAAGAAGCGGUAAUGCGCCGGGCGGCGUGGGGGAGCGAGCCAGUCAAACGAGGAUGGGGUGGGUGGAGGAUGGAUGGAUGGUUGGAGGACGGAUGGAUGGAUGGAUGGAUGGAUGGGGGAGCGACAACCCGCACCCGCGAACAAAGGCAGCGAACCAAAGCGAUGCUUCGAAUUUGUAAAACGCAGUCUCUGUACCCAAAUGCAGAACUGGUGUCUUAACCGGGGUGUGCAGACUCCUUUACCAGCCCUGCUCUCCACCUGCCCCGCCCCCUCCCUGCAGCAGCUCAGGGGACCUUUUGUCUGAACGCCCGGAGCUUCGGAUGGGGUGGGGGACCGGCGGGGAGUGGACGUGCGGGUCCGGCUGCGCGCCCUCUGGCCCCAGGUAGAAGACUCAGAUGACAGAGACAAAGCGAUUUCUUUCUACUCCAGGGCGGCCUGAAGUUCAGACUGCCCCGCCCCCGCGGCGGGGCCCCCUGUGAGUUACCUGAGGUAUGCCGUCCCCAGAACCCCUGGGGUCUCCGACUGGGAACAGGUUGCGGUGGGGAGCGGGUGGAGGACUGCUCCUUACAUUCAGAGGCUGUGGAAGCCGAAUAAAUUUUAUGUCACGGGGCAGGCCCCUGUUGAAAUUUCAUUUGUCCUGUUCUGGGCCCAAAGGAGGUGGCGGUUUGGGCCAUCAGAGGACCGCUGGGACCGUGCAGCAGGGCAGCCGGGCCACGGCGCUGCGCUGCUGGCUUCGGUGGGAAUCGCUACAAAGAUGCCCUUCUCCUGGGGCUUUGUGGUGGCUACAGAAGACCGGUGUUGAGAACUGCUUCGCAGCCUGGGAUGAGACCUCGUCCAGAUGGCUUGGAGCCUGUCCAUGUGUAGGUCAUUAUCACACAAAAAACCAAUAAAAAUUAAGAGAAAAAACUGUUGGAGGUGGUGGCAAACGAAGCAUUCACUGUCUGCAGAAUAGUUAAAGGUGUUUAAAGGGCGAGAAUCAGUAUAAUGUUGGAUGGGGCGUGUACGCAGGUAUAGGGACCUCUCUGUACUGUGUAAUCGGCAUAAAUACCUAGACCCAUAUGUGUGGAAUUUUAAAUUCUCGUAGCCUACUGAUUGGUUUGGGUGAGCACGCUAGCCACAGAUGUGUGCUGAAUUGCAAGAUUUUUUUUUUUUUUGGCAAGGGAUGUCUCUUGUAAUACUAACCGCGUGGUGAUGGGUUUUCAAACAUAUUUUUAAAACAACCCUUACAAAGGAAUCCUCAGCUUAGAAAUUGUCACCUUAGGAGAACAGAUUUCUUAGCUCUGCCCUUUCCUGUCCCUUGACACUGCAAGUGGCGACAUGUUCAGAUUUCUAAUUUGGCUCCCUGUGGCCUAUCUGGUUUAAGUAUUUCAUUCAAAAGGUCUCGUUAGAGUAUUUGACGUCAUGCACCAAAAAAAUAAAACCCCACCUUGUAGCAAAAGCCAAGCCGACCUCAUUGCAUGGAUUUAGAAGCAAAGGGAAAGCGUUAAGAGUGAAGCUCUGCAUUCAUUCUUGUGGGAACUGGCCUAGGAGCCGGCCAGCACUUUGGACAAAUGCAAACAAGGAGUGCUUGAGAUAAAAGCAGGCGUGUGACGUCAUGGUCACUGGUACUCAGGCACUUCGCAGUUUACUUGAAAGAGGCUUUGGAAAAUAGAUAAAAUGAGAGAAGAGUAAAGACAUAUUUUUAAUAAUGUAAUUUUAAAAAUCCUUUAUAAUCAGGACUGCGUCUUGGUUUUGUGGAAUCUGUCCUUUACCCUGAAACAUAGUAUCAAAAGGGAAACUUAAACUGGCUUUGUUUUUUUUAUUUCCUCUCUGAAGUCAUGCUUUCAGGUAGAAUUUUGGACCCCUCCACACACAGGGCUACACGUUUAUUUGCAAAGGAGGCCUGGGGAGAGCGGACGUGGUUAUGCUGGAGCAUGAGAGUUGGUCAAAUCGCAAGCCCAUGUGCAUCGUCCAUUACGCUGACAGUUCAGAAACCAGAAGCAGAAAUUCUGGCUUCCUGCUUGAAACCCAGAUCUUUUAGGAGAUUUUUUUAAAAAAAGAAAUCUAGCAGCCCAUCUUCCUUUCCUCUUUUGUCUGUGUAUUUGGUACCCCUCCAAUGCCGGUCUUUUUUGUAGAAACUCAGUAGAGAAAAUAGGUAAGCAGUGAUAAAAAGCCUGUAGGAUUUCAAUUUACAUAUCGACAGCAACUCACUGACUUCUGAAUGGGCUGGUCCCAUCCUCUGCAGAUUCUGUAUAGAAUUAUUCAAAAUAUCCAUCCUCCUUUAUUUUCUUCACAUGCAGCAUUUUCUUAAGCACUUUGACAUUUUGGUAGUUCCACACUAUUGAGAGAAUAAUAUAUUUAUUUUGUGACACUGCAGAUGCCAAAUACUGUAACCUUCUUGUGUGGACAAGACCUUGGUUCCAGGUCAUGGUUCAAAUCCUGUCGUGCUUCAACGAUGAUGCAAGAUGGGUUUUUUUUGUUGGUUUUUUUUUUUUUUUGCAUUAUCAGUUUUUAAGGGUGCAGUCAACUGUUAGUAAUUGUGCAGUAAAGUCAAGAGCCCUGUGGUGUAUCAGCUAAUGGUUAGAGUCGAAGUUGAUUUCUGUAAUGUUUGACCUAAGAACAGCCCAUUUCAUCUCUGACCCAACAGGAAGCUCGGAGAAAGUCACCUUGGGAGCCCCCUCUUGUCAGCCAGUGAUUGGCUACGCCUUCUGCCCUUUGGUGAUGAAAUGGGUUCCUCACGGGAAGCUGGCCUCCCCAAGUGAGCUUUAGAAAUGUUUUCUGAUAGGCACAGGGAGGCCACCUUUGUCUCAGAAGAAUUCUCUUCACAGUUUCCCUGUUAUGGUGUCGGGACUGUCCCUCGGUUCCAGCUUUCUGUCUUACUGCUGUAAUUCUCUGUCUCGGUCUUUCUUUUGUUCCCAUCCCUUUUAUAAUGCAUAUAUGAUGCUGUGAACAAAUAAAUUAUUUAUACAAUCAA